GAUACGGAAACCGAGCGAGACCUAACGCUUCAGUCGCUCCGGAAGCGAGGAACGACAGAAAAGAUGGUUUACAUCUCGAACGGACAAGUAUUGGAUAGCCGGAGUCAGUCCCCGUGGAGAUUAUCUUUGAUAACAGACUUCUUCUGGGGAAUAGUUGAAUUUGUGAUUUUGUUUUUCAAAACUCUGCUUCAGCAAGAUGUGAAGAAAAGAAGAGGCUAUGGAAGCUCAUCUGAUUCUAGAUAUGAUGAUGGAAGAGGGCCACCUGGAAACCCGCCCCGAAGAAUGGGCCGUAUCAAUCAUCUCCAUGGCCCUAGUCCUCCUCCCAUGGCUGGUGGAUGAGGAAGGUAAACAUCUGCUCUAAGCAGCAGACAACUGGACAUGCACAUUCAUAGCAGAAGGAAACCAUCAAGAAGUGGAGGACUGACUGUGCUGGACAGAUAGAUGGAUGUGUAUGUCUAAACAAGGAUUGCUCUGUGUUCCAACAGAUGAAUGAGGUCAUGCUGGGAAUUCCCUCUGUAGGGAUCUGGCAUGGCUGACAAGCAGUUCUAUAAAUGCACAUGUUUGUCUCAUUAUCUUUUUGUACAGUUUAUUAAAGUAUUAAUAUAGUUUUAAUAAGUAAUAUUUUUAGGUUGCAAAACUGGCUCCUCAUCUUUAUAUAAAUAAAAUGCAAAAAUAAGAAUCUAAAGAAAAUAAAAGGCUGUAUA